GCAAGAGGAAAGGGGAUGUGGGGAGGAGGGAACACAUGCUCGCUGCGGGUGGUGUACUGGAAACGAGGGCAUCCUUCUGCUCCUCUGGUCUCUUUUUUUUGACGUUCGUCCCUGCGGUCAGUUGACAUGACAGUUGGAGCCUAUUUCUUGACUGCAACUUCUUCCUAGCUGUAGUCUUCCCCGAGGCUUUUAAAUUACCUCUUUGGAAAAAAACCCAAAAACUCUUAUGCCUGUUUUUAAAAUUUUAGUGAAGGGUACAGAACAUAAGAUUUAUGUUUGUACAGGUUGAAUACGAUUCCAGUGAUGGCUUCUUUGAUUUUUCAGCUUUGCAGUUGACCAAGAUGCUGAGCAGGAGGAGGGAACAGGAAGGAGAGGCUUCUCUGUAAUUGGCAGCCUGGUUCUCACUUGAGUCCUCUCAGUCAAGCCUGGGUGGGCCACCUGUUACCGAGAAAGAAACCUCUCAGAGCAAACUCUUGUCAGGUGCUGCAGCUCAGUAAAUGUAAUUGGAAGAAGGCAAGGAAGAAGAACCCAUGGCUUUAGCUGGCUGUCCAGAUUCUCUUUUGCACCAUCCGUAUUACCAGGAUAAAGCUGAGCAGACUUCUCCUCACAGUCAAAGAGGUCUGGGAGAACCUGGGUUCCCAGCACAGUCUAACCGACUCGCAAACCACCAAGAGGAUGAUGUGGACUUGGAAGCACUGGUGAACGACAUGAAUGCAUCCUUCGAGAGUCUGUACUCGGCCUGCAGCAUGCAGUCGGAGACGGUGCCCCUCCUUCAGAACGGCCAGCAUAUCCGCAGCCCGCUGCCAACCUCAGGGACGAGAGCCCACCAGCCGCAGGCAUCGCAGCGGCAGAAGGUGCAGCGCUCACAGCCUGUGCACAUCUUGGCUGUCAGGCGCCUUCAGGAAGAAGACCAACAGUUUAGGACCUCGUCUCUGCCAGCAAUCCCAAACCCCUUUCCUGAGCUCUGCGGUGCUGGGAGCUCCCCUGUGCUCUCACCAGGCUCCUUGCCUCCCAGCCAGUCCGCGCCUAAGCAGGAUGUUAAAGUCUUUAGUGAAGAUGGGACAUGCAAAGUGGUGGAGAUUCUCGCAGACGUGACAGCCAGGGACCUGUGCCAGUUGCUGGUUUACAAAAGCCACUGUGUGGAUGAUAACAGCUGGACGCUAGUGGAGCACCACCCGCACCUAGGGUUAGAAAGGUGCUUGGAAGACCACGAGCUAGUAGUCCAGGUGGAGAGCACCAUGGGAAGUGAAAGCAAAUUUUUAUUCAGGAAGAAUUAUGCAAAAUAUGAGUUUUUUAAAAAUCCUAUGAAUUUCUUUCCAGAACAGAUGGUUACUUGGUGUCAGCAGUCGAACGGCAGCAUUCCUCAAACCCAGCUUUUGCAGAAUUUUUUAAACUCCAGCAGUUGUCCUGAAAUUCAAGGGUUUUUGCAUGUGAAAGAGCUGGGAAGGAAGUCUUGGAAAAAGCUGUACGUGUGUUUGCGAAGAUCGGGACUUUAUUGCUCCACAAAAGGAACUUCAAAGGAGCCCAGACACUUGCAGUUGCUGGCUGACCUGGAAGACAGCAACAUCUUCUCUCUGAUCGCUGGCAGAAAGCAGUACAGCGCUCCCACCGACCAUGGGUUCUGUAUAAAGCCAAACAAAGUAAGGAAUGAAACUAAGGAGCUGAGGUUGCUCUGUGCCGAAGAUGAGCAAAGCAGGACCUGCUGGAUGACGGCCUUCAGACUCCUCAAGUAUGGAAUGCUCCUGUACCAGAAUUACAGGAUACCUCAGCAGAGGAAAGCUUUGCUCUCUCCCUUCUCAACUCCAGUGCGCAGUGUCUCCGAAAACUCCCUUGUGGCCAUGGAUUUUUCUGGGCAAACAGGAAGAGUGAUCGAGAAUCCAGCUGAAGCCCAGAGUGCAGCCCUGGAAGAAGGCCAUGCCUGGAGGAAGCGAAGCACACGGAUGAAUGUCCUAGGUAGCCAAAGUCCCCUCCAUCCUUCUACCCUAAGUACAGUGAUUCAUAGGACACAACACUGGUUUCACGGCAGGAUCUCUAGGGAGGAGUCACACAGGAUUAUUAAACAGCAAGGACUUGUGGAUGGGCUUUUUCUCCUCCGUGACAGCCAGAGUAAUCCAAAGGCAUUUGUACUCACACUGUGUCAUCACCAGAAAAUAAAAAAUUUCCAGAUCUUACCUUGUGAGGAUGAUGGACAGAUGUUCUUCAGCCUUGACGAUGGGAAUACCAAAUUCUCUGACCUGAUCCAGCUUGUAGACUUUUACCAACUCAACAAAGGAGUUCUGCCUUGCAAACUCAAGCACCACUGCAUCCGAGUGGCCUUAUGACCUCAGAUCUACUCUUGGCCGAAGACUGGAGGAGGUUACACUGGAAGGAAGAAGAGGUCUGUAGGUUGGUUGAGAACACAUAUCUAUUCUGCACCUUGGGACUCGGAGAGAGAUGGGUUUCUUUGGUGCCAUCCAACCAAGAUUGACUAGUUUGUUGGACUUCGCGAUAAUUUGCUGCUGAGAAACCAGCAGUAUUGCCUCCCUCUGCAUUUGCCAAAUCAAGGAGGCUCUGAGAAAUCAAGCGCAAAUUUGAGAAUAAACUGGAAUGAUCAUCUUGGCUGGGCCACUUAGGAACAAGAACCGAAGAGAAAUAAUUAGAAAUGGACUCUUGCCCUGGAAUAAUCUUGACAAUUAAAACUGAUAUGUUUACUUUUUUGUAUUGAUCACUUUUUUGCACUCCUUCUUUGUUUUCAACAUUGUAUUCAGCCUGUGUUAGGAGGGGAUGUGGCUUUUCGGUUCAUAAAGGCAUGAAACCGUUUUGAAUGGGCAGAAUUUAAAGACUGAAUAUCGGUCCCCAAAUGUUUCCAGAGGGUGCUCCUCUUCUCUACAGAUUACCACAGUGUGGAUUCAGCUCCCAAAUAACAAACCAUCCCACCCCUUCCCAGUAUACUUGAAAAACAUUUUUUUAGUACAAGGUGUUGACUGUGGUAGGCAUUUGGCCUCAUUUAUGGACCCAGUCAAGCAGCCACAGUCUCUCAGUCAUUUCUCUAUGCACAGAUGUCCAAUACUUUUGUCAUUAACGUGUCUCGUCCUCCACAGUUCAGGAAACUAUUUCUUUGAAAUAAGUCACUGUUGCACAGCACAACAGGGCUGAACAACCUCGCCUCUGGCUAGAUGAAGGCCAGCCUUCCCAAGACACACCCAGUCCCCACACUAACAGCAGUGCAGGUGCCACUUGUAGCCUCGCAUUUUUCACAGCCUCAGCCUGUUCUAGAAUGAUCGCUGCCUUACCCCCUGCUGCGAGGCGCGAGGCGGGAGUCUUUCCCUGGCUGAUCUCCCUUUGGGGAUUAGAGAAUCUGAAAGAAAAUGGCACCCAUCUGGCUUCCUGCAGUGUCCUUUGGGUUUCCAUGGUGAUAAAGAAACAUAACAAAGGGCACAGACACAGCCUGACAUUUAAAGGUCUUUGCUUAUGACUGUCCUGCUGAAACCCCCCUAAGCCAGAGAACCCAAGGCAGCUGGAGGCUCCUCCUCUGCUGGCUUAGGGUCACAAGUACCUCACAGUGAUUGUGGACAUGGACACGGUCUAUCAACACAACACUUGCUUCCCCCUCGGAGAGAGGAAUCAGAAGGGGGGCGUGAGCUGUUCACUUGGUCCCUCCACCCCACGGGCGCCAUGUUUGCCAUUUCCUCUUAGCUAAAUUUUCAGGUCUGAGAGUGGCCAUUUCUUUACCUUCGAUCUCUGAAAAGCAGAAAGGGCUCCCUUGACCAGCAUACAGACUACUGUGGUGAACAAGAUGAUUUCCUUUCCUGACAUAACAGUUAAUAACACUUGACUGGCUCCUCUGAAAAGACGCUCGCCACUGGAUUGCCUAAAAUCCAACUCACUGAAGAGCUCCCAAAGGAUCAACAGUUCAUGGUUCUUCAGUUGACACACCUAGUUUAGGACAAACGUUUAACGAGCUUCAGUAACACAUUAGCUGUCAGUAAGUCUAUGGUGUAGAGACACUGUAUUUUAGUUUACAGACAACGCACUAUUAUUUUCCAUAAUAUGUCUACUUAGGAAACUGAAGAAUUUUUGGUAAAACAUAUUUUAACCAGAAAUACUAAAUUGCAUUUUCUUCCUCUUGUAGCCAGUUGACAAUUAGGUAAUACUCAAGUUCAGACCAAACGGUCUGCAUCCACUGAA